AUGGAAACCGUGGAGAGGUACUUUGGCCUCCCUGAGGAUAUCGUUUCCGACAGAGGUCCCCAAUUCAUCUCCCGAGUCUGGAAGGCCUUUCACUCCCUCCUAGGUGUGGCCGUCAGCCUGACAUCUGGAUACCACCCUCAGUUGAACGGGCAGACGGAGAGGAAAAUGCAAGAGAUUGGUCGCUUCCUCCGUACCUUCUGUCAUGGCCACCAGGACUCUUGGAACCAGUUCCUGGGGUGGGCCGAGUACGCACAGAACUCCCUGCGCCAACCUUCCACCGGACUCACUCCAUUCCAGUACGUGCUCGGGCUCCAGCCCCUGCUCUUUCCCUGGUCAGAUAGACGUACCAUCCGUCGACUACUGGUUCCGAGAGAGCGAGAGGAUCGGCCCAAGAUCCGCCUGCCCCGUACCCUGAGAUCAAGAUACGUCAAGCAUGUGGGAGAACAGAUCAAUCUUGUCAUCCCGUUCAUUGGCAAACCAAAACCUGUGAUAUCAUGGACCAAGGAUGGCCAACCUUUGGAUACAAAGAAGGUAAACAUCCGCAACAGCGACAAGGAUAGCAUCCUGUUCAUCCGCAAGUCUGAGAGAAUAGACUCAGGCAGCUAUGAGAUGACAGUGAAGGUCGACAGCUUCGAGGACAAGGCUAACCUCAUAAUUCAGAUCAUCGUGGACUCUUGGGGCUUCAGUGCAGCUCUGGACUGGACACCUCCCAAAGACAGCGGCAACACUGAGAUCACUGGAAACACCAUUCAGAAGGCCGACAAACUGAACCUAAGAUCGAGUGGCUGAAGAAUCAGAUGCUCAUAGGAGAUGAUCCCAAAUACAGGCAGAUCAACAACCAGGGAGUGUGCUCACUCGAAAUCCGCAAACCAUCCAGCUUUGACGGUGGCGUCUACACUUGUAGGGCCAAGAAUGCCCUUGGUGAGGCUACAGUUGCCUGUAAGCUAGAGGUCAAACGCAAGUGCGGGAUCAUUUGCACAUUGCUUGACACACUAAUGCUACAAGGUGCAUUUUCAGCUGAUUAUAGUGGCAAUGAUCCUUUAAGGUGUUUAUCCAUGAGAGGAAUGGCAAGCUAGCAUUUUUUUUUUUUUUUUUUUUUUGUGCUGACUAUGAUUAAUUUGAGUUGGUUUUAAGCAUGUGUACUGGAUGGGUACAGAGAUAUAUUGAUGAACUUGCUGCUUUUCUCUUUCACCAGAGGUGAUCAUCUCAGGUAAAAAAUAGAGGAAAUAAAAUGAUGUGCACAGGUCAGUAAAUAAAAACAUUUUCCAUUUAACUCAACUCAACUCAACUUUAUUUAUAAAGCACUUUCAACACCACCAAAGUGGAACCAAAGUGCUGUACAGAAAGUAUAAAAG